AAUAGCCUCCACAAUUAGAAUUUUGUAAAAAUUAAUAUCAAAAUAAAUUUCGGCUUCUGUAUGGGAAAUAACAAAAUAAAGGAAUUAGGUCAUAGACAAUUGAAGUUCAGAAGCCGUUGAUGAAGAGAGUGAUGUUAAAGAAGAGCGGCGCUGUGAGAAAAAUAGUGUCCAUGGGCGUUGUACGGGACGAUGAUGACUUUAUCUCAUUGACAAGAUGCCAAUUAUAAAGACAACAAAUUUAGUGAAGAGCGCAUCCGGACGAAUGAAUUGUGGUCAAUCGAUUUAAUUGUUCGACCUUGACGAUGAGGAAAAGGGUUGCAAGCAGAUCUGGUUUGUUUGUACCCAGGAAGUGUUUGAAGAGAAAGCGGAUGAGUAGUGGAGAGGAGGAAGAAAAGGAUAGAAUUAGUGAAUUACCAGAUGACAUACUUGUUCAUAUACUAUCGUAUAUGAACUGUAAACAAGCAGCGCGUACGAGUGUAUUGUCAAGUCGGUGGAAAGAGAUGUGGAUGCAUACACCAACUCUUGAUUUUGAUGUUAUGGGAGAUUACAUGAAAUUGCCACCAGAUUUCGCCUUAAUACCUGGGGAAGCCACCAAGUAUGUUGACUGUGUAAACCGAGUGUUGAAACUUCACAAAGCCAAGGAAUUGGUAACCGAGUUCAAGGUCCGUUUUGAUAUAAGGAACUUCCACCAGGGUUACAUUGACGAUUGGGUUAAGUUUGCGUGCUCCACGCAGCGUUUGGAAAAGCUGGAUUUCAGCUUCUUGGAUGCGAGGUACUAUCGGCAUAACGAACCCGAUACCUCUGUUUUUCCUAAUCCACUCACCCUAAGUGGCGGUGGUUUUAGGUGCCUGAAAGAGUUGUGCUUCAAGAGUAUCAAUGUCAAUGAUGACGUGCUCGUCUUCUUUGUGGGAAAUUGUCGGUUGCUUGAACGAUUGGUAGUGCAUUACUCGCACCAUCUAGAACAUCUACAAGUGACAGGUCCAAAUCUCAAGUUGAAGCACUUGGAAUUAGUGUGGUGUUGCAGGCUAGAACAUGUUAGCGUGUCGGAUACAAAUAUAGUCUCGAUUGGAUUCAAGACUUGUGGAGACUUGGAGCUUCAUAAUGUACCCAGUCUUGUUCGUGUAAGUUUUCCUCGGAUGUACGAACCUGUUGAGAGUGUUUUAUCUCGCCUUUCGUGCUGCGCCUUCUCUCAAUUAGAGAUGCUUCGUCUGGCUGUUUCGCACCGUUUAAUACAAAAAAUGGAGAUGCAAGAAUUUCCUCAACUAACUAAGCUCAAGGAAUUACACAUAUAUACUGAACCAGAAAAGGAUUUUAGUCUGAUUGGCUUAACAUCUCUGCUCAGGGCCUCUCCAAACUUGCAAACUUUUGUUCUAGAGUUGAGCUGGUUUAAACCCGAUAGGACGAUACGGGAAUGGAAGGAGGCUUUAGAAUCUCCACUUGAACAUCUUAAAGAGGUGUUAGUAUAUGGAUAUCAUGGUUGUGCUGGUGAGCUUGAGCUUUUGGCGUAUAUCUUUCGGAAUUCGACUGCGUUGGAGAAAGUCACAAUCAAUCCUCAGGAGAAAUGUGAUCUGCCUGUCCCUGAGUAUCCUCAUAAGAUGGAAGAGCGGCAAGCUGCAGAACGCGUUGCUAAACACUAUGCUGAGAAGCAACUGACUACAAUUGCUCCCGAGCGUGUUAACUUAUUCAUUUUAUAGGGGUUUGGUCUCAUAGCAAGUUGGAGCAGCAUGUGUGGCAUUACAUACCAUCUCUUUUUUUUGUCUUCUUUGUAGAAUACUCUUUUGGUCUAACAAAAAUCAUUGUUUUGACAUAUUUCCAACACAAUAAUAUCUGAAAUUAAAGGUCAUUGUAAACUUUACUUACUCGUUGGCAUCAUAAUACCAGAACUGACGAAUAAUAAAAAAGGACACUACAUUGG